GCCGUCUGCCGAGCCACACAGGAGGAUCGGCCGUUUAGCCGCCGAGCGACGCGAGAGCACCGGCCGUUUAGCCGGCGAGUACCGGCUGUUUAGUCACCGUCUGUCGAGCGACGCGAGAGCACCGUCUGUUUAACCGCCGACUGACGCGAGAGCACCGGCCGUUUAGCCGCCGAGCGACGCGAGAGCACCGGCCGUUUAGCCGCCGUCUGCCGGGAACCGCGAGGGUACCGGCCGUUUAGCCGCCGUCCGCCGGGAUCCGCGAGUGGAGCACGGAGCACCAGCCACCAUUUGCCGGGCCCAGCGCUGCCAUGGCAGACUGCGACCGGGGCUUUUCGAGCGAGGAGCUGCUGUCGCGGCGCUUCCCUCUGCACCGGGCCUGUAGGGACGGCGAUGUGGCGGCGCUGCGCUCGCUGCUGGCCGCCUCGGCGCCCGCCGACAUCAUCCAGGAGGACAACUUCUACGGCUGGACCCCGCUGCACUGGGCCGCGCACUUCGGCAAGCGAGGCGGGCUAUCAGAAGCACUGGAGCAUUCAUUCUCUGCUGCUGGCCAGCUCCAGGACAACCGUUUGUACAGAGCUGGAGUGUGUAAUGCAGUUGGUGCAGGCAGGAGUUGGCGUCAACGUCACAACAACACGAUUUGCUCAGACUCCAGCCCACAUUGCAGCUUUUGGAGGACAUCCCCAAGGCUUGUUGUGGCUGAUCCAAGCAGGGGCAGAUUAUGAUAUGCAGGAUGUUGUAGGUGAAACCCCUGUCCAUAAAGCAGCACGAUCAGGAAGUUUGGAUUGCCUUAAUGUCCUUGUCUCACAUGGGGCUAAAACAGAUUUAAGGAAUGCCAAUGGGUUGACAGCAGCUCAGCUUGCCCUGGCUCAGGGGUUCCGUGAGUGCUCCCAGUUCCUGUGCAAUGUGCAGAACCAUCAGCUGAAUGGUUUCUACACCAAUGGCAUCGCCAGCGGUCUUUACCGGGAUAACUUGAUCACCGACGGGCUAAAUGGUUACACAGGAGCCAACCGCAAGAGAAGCCAUGAAGAAUCUGAGCACAGUGGAAUCAAGAAACCUAGAACUGAAGGUCUAUGUCUCAGCAACAGUGCAGAAGGCUGCAGCUUCCUGGACGAGCCAUUCACCAACCUGGCCUCUGCGAAUGGCUACCUCCACACUUUCAGCUUCCCUCCAGAUCCAAUCAGCAGAGGGAAUGGCGCCUCACAUGGAAUGGCCUCUGAAUUGAGCAGCGGGUUCUGUAAUGGUCCUGUCUCACCUCCCAGCAGCAAAAGUGGAGCAGUGGGUUCGGAAAGCUGCCAGCCGCUGUCAGAAAUGUGUGGAGCCCUUCACCAGAAUGGCAGUCCUAGCAGUUGUGUGGGCGUCCAGCCAGCAUGGCCCUGCGGUCCCACCAACGGGCUCCACGGUGAUCACGACCCACUCCAGUUUGGGUACUACCACGGCUUUGGAGACACAGCUGAGAGUAUCCCUGACCUCAACAGUUACAUGGAGCACGCUAGCUCGGUGAAGGUGGAGCAGAGCUACAACAAUGCAGUCUGCAGUGUCAUCCACCUCUUCCACGGGUCAUAGGAAGGUGGUGUUUGGCUCUUGCUACUGUUUGUGAAGCUCCCCACUCCCAUCUUUUCUCUUACAGGAAUAAGUAUAAAGCUUGAAGUCACAUUUUGACUUAAAAUCAUUAUUGUCUUAAUAACCUGGAACUCAUCCUUACGAGGACAGGUGCUGGUUAUAGUGUCCUCUGUUGAUGGCCAAGUUGUCAAUGUUUGGUAUACAGUUAAAGGAGGCAGUCUUUAAAAACUUCACUAAUGUCUCUUUUGUUCUAAUUAAACGUCAGAGAUGGAACCUGUAACUGGUGGUAGUCCUAAGUCUGUACAUCCUUCCCACAUGAAUGAAUCUUUGUCCUUCUAUUCGGCGACUAAAUUCUCAAAUCUUGUUGAUUUAAAUUUUGUUAAUCUGGUUAUAGUGAUUGUUAUUGUUGAAAGACUUGUCAUAUGGAUGUAUCAAUCAGUAAACUACAAAUGUAUGAUUGUGCGUUAACUCACAAGGUCCAGUCCCACCAGGGAUGAUGGCGGAGACUGAACUCCAUAGGUCUGAAGACUUGCAGACUGGGAAAUGGCAGACUCCCAACCACACAAGAUGUUUGUUGGGGAAGUAAACUCAGCUCUCCACCAGUCUGUGCGUCUAACUGAACCACACAAGUAAAUAUUCAUCCAUUACAUACCAUAAGACCUAGGGGCAGAAGUAGGCCAUUCGGCCCAUCGAGUCUGCUCUGCCAUUCAAUCAUGGGCUGAUCCACUUUAUCCAGUCAUCCCCACUCCCCUGCUUUCACCCCAUACCCUUUGAUGCCCUGACUAAUCAAGAACCUAUCUAUCUCUGCCUUAAAUACUCCCAUUGACUUGGCCUUCACAGCCAUUCGUAUACAUAUGAACAGGUGAGAACAUUGUCCUGACUUGCAUCUCAGUCCCGAUAUUACCAUUUUAUAUUUGAAUGCUGAUUGGUACAACCUAACAACCAUAGGAUGUUGAUAUGCGUGCUAAGGACUAUGACUAGAUGUUUAAUGUGAUGGAAAUUGUAUUCAGUUAGAGCAGAGAUUCCCAACCCGGGGUCUACGGACCCCUCGGUUAGUGCUGGAAUCCAUGGCAUGACAAAGGUAAGAACUCCUGAGUUAGAGCAACAAUUGUAGGACAGCAAAUUUACACCAUUGCUCUUCAACACUCUCAGUUGGAUUCUGAGUUUAACCAGCUCUGUGCAAAUCUUAGUGUGAUGAGUAAUAGUUAUCUUUUUAACUUUUGAAAUGUGUGUUUCUAUCCAUUUAUAAACUUCAGAUUUAAUUGUUGAACUUGCAUCUAAAGCCACUGUCUUGCCCCCAACAAUUUCAGCCUAUAACCACGUUUCAAACCUUUAUCCUUACACCACUUGGCUCAUUGCAUGUUUCACACUUCCCUGCUGCAUUGGAAACGUUUAUUUGCUUUUUUGUAAAAUGUUUGGUUUACAAAGAAUUGAAUAAAGAUUUUUCACAAUAU